AUGAUGUCUUUUGUUUCUCCCUUAAAGAUAAAAACAGACAGAGACCAUAUUUUCCCCAGACUACCUCAAGAGUAUCAGGAAACAGAGCCUCACUUAUCCAGGGAAGAAAUACAGUUGUUAAUUUACUUGGAUGAAAUCACUCCCUUUUCUCUUUUUUUUUCUAAAUCUCCCUACUUGGGGCAGCUGCUGUUUCAGAUGUCAUGGGAGAGCUUUCAGGAACAUUCUUGUAAUUCAUCCAGGCAGGGGACUGCUUUCUGUACCCAAUAUUUAACUGAGGCAGGAAGAAAAAGUCCUGGCUACAGACUCAGUCUGUCCCUAAUCCCUGUAGACUCUACAUCUGAGCUGUUUAGACUCCCGUGCCUUCCUAGGGACACUAGAAGAAGAGGAAAUGGGCAGGAACUGUAG